AUGAUCCCAGAAGAUGAAUAUCUCUUGGGAUUGGAAGCUUGCAAACAUAACUUACAUGGAAGAAUCAUAUGGCCAAAAGGAUCAACUCCCAUCACUGUGCAGCAGCUGAAAACUAAACUACAAGAGAUUUGGAGCUCUCUACCAAAAUGGGGGGUAACUUUGUUAGGUAAGGGGUUCUACGAAUUCUCUUUCUCUAGCCUUGAAGAUGUUAGACGUGUUCGCUCUUCGCCUUCUUGGAAUCUAAACCCAGGGGUCCUCAAGCUUUUCACAUGGACCAAAGACUUUGUCCCAACAAACACGAAUCAAAGCUCGGUCCAGUUUUGGGUUCGUAUUCAUGGUCUAGCUCAGGAAUACUGGAGACCGAAAAUCCUCUUCACUAUUGCCAGCAGUAUCGGUACGCCUAUCUGCAUAGACUCAACCUCGAACAAACCAUUGAUCGAACGCCCAUUUGGUCACUAUGUCCGUGUUCUGGUGGAUAUUGAUCUCUCGAAUGAUUUAAGGGACAAGAUCCUAGUUGAAAGGGCAGGAUAUGCCUUUUUUGUGGAUAUUGAAUACGAGAAACUACCAGAUUUUUGCAGCUUUUGUAAUAUUAUGGGUCAUACCAUCCACACCUGCAGAAGGAAACAACACAUAGAACAACAACCCAAAACCAAACCCAAUGACCAAAACAAGCAGUUCCGAACACCUAUGUCGGCUCCCAGAGGUAAAGAAGUUAGAAUUGAUAAAACCCCCCUGAUGUUGGAUAAACCAGUGGAGUCUAAAAAGAAUCGGUGA